AUGCACCUGCCGGGCUGCGCGCCCGCCAUGGCCGACGGGAGCUUCUCACUGGCCGGCCACCUGCUCCGCAGCCCGGGCGGGAGCACCUCGCGGUUGCAUAGCAUCGAGGCCAUCCUGGGGUUUACCAAGGAUGACGGGAUCCUCGGCACCUUCUCGACGGAGCGGGGCGCCCGGGGCGCGAAGGAGCGAGAUAGGAAGCUGGGCUCGCGGCCCGCCUGCCCCAAGGCGCCCACGGGAGGCUCCGAGCCCUCCCCGCCUCCAGCCCCGGCGCCAGCCCCGGAGUACGAAGCCCCUCGUCCCUACGGCCCCAAGGAGUCCGGGGAGGCACGACCGAGCCCAGGGCUCCCCGUUGGGCCAGCCCCCGGCGACGUGAAGCUGUCGGAGGAGGAGCAGCCCAAGAAGAAGCACCGGCGGAACCGCACGACUUUCACCACGUACCAGCUGCAUGAGCUGGAGCGCGCGUUCGAGAAGUCCCACUACCCCGACGUGUACAGCCGCGAGGAGCUGGCCGGCAAGGUCAACCUACCCGAGGUCCGGGUCCAGGUGUGGUUCCAGAACCGACGGGCCAAGUGGCGGCGGCAGGAGAAGCUGGAAGUGUCGUCCAUGAAGCUGCAGGACUCGCCCCUCCUCUCCUUCAGCCGCUCGCCGCCCUCCGCGGCUCUGGCGCCCCUCGGGGCGGGCCCGGGCGGCGGCGGCGGCGGGGGGCCGGCGGGGGGCGCCCUGCCGCUGGAGUCGUGGCUCGGGCCGCCGUUGCCCGGCGGGGGCGCCACGGCGCUGCAGAGCCUGCCGGGCUUCGGGCCGCCGGCGCAGAGCCUGCCCGCCAGCUACACGCCGCCGCCGCCGCCGCCCUUCCUGAACUCCCCGCCGCUGGGCCCCGGCCUGCAGCCUCUCGGGCCGCCGCCGCCGCCCGCCUACCCGUGCGGGCCCGGCUUCGGGGACAAGUUCCCGCUGGACGAGGCGGACCCGCGCAACAGCAGCAUCGCGGCGCUGCGCCUGAAAGCCAAGGAGCACAUCCAGGCCAUCGGGAAGCCGUGGCAGGCCCUCUAG